CGCGAGAGCGCGGCGGGCGCGCGGUGCGGCCGUGGCCUUGCGGCGCCAUGUCGGGCUACUGGGACGGCCCCGAGGGCGAGCAGUGCCCGCGCCGGGCCUGGCUGGCCACGCGCGUGGGCGCCGCCGCGGGCCUGGUCGGGGCGGCCUAUCGCAUCAUCCUGCUGCAGCCCAGCUCGGCCCUGGCCGCUCUGCAGAUGGCGGCCGCGGACACCGUCACCAUGGCUACACUAGGAGCUGUGUUUGGCGUAACGACCUGCCUCAGUGCCCAGGUCCGAGAGGAACCAGAGGAUCCCUUAAACUACUUCAUAGGUGGAUGUGCAACUGGAGCUGUCUUAGGUGCAAGAGCCCACAGUUACAUGACUGGCACCACUGCGUGUUUGGGGCUUGGAAUUACUGCUGCUCUGAUCAAGAUCGGCAACAAGGAGGGCUGGAGGCUGACGGGGCCUCCCAAGCUGUGAAUGUUGCCUCUCCUCCCUGGAUGCUGUGUGUAAGCAGGUGUUGAGUAAUAAAGAUACUGUCACAUCA